AUGACUUUGAUUAGAAUAAUAAGAAUAGUUUUCUCCUAAAUAGUUAAGGAGAAUGGACAGCAAUAUCUGAUUAUACAAGAGUACGAGAUACUUAACUGGGUGACACUAGGACUCCAAACAUUAAUCGUCCUCUCUUUGAGAUUCCACCCAUAACUCCUAAUUUCAAUUUGCAUACCGUUCUGGAUGCUCUUGACAACUAUAUCAGUAAACCCAAGAAUGGAGGAGUACAACUUUUACACAUUUUUAUUCAAUAAUGUAUUCCACAUGACAUUUUGGUACUUGCAUCUAAUGAUGAGCAAUAUAAAUUGGAUCGCAACAUCUGUAACUUAUUUGGUUUGCGCAGUGUUUCAUUUUAUUGUAUAUGUCAUAAAAAUCCCACCAAAUGAGCAGAUUUCUGAACAACUAAGUUUUUUGUUUAUUAUUUUGUUAUCUCAUGUCAUCUAUGUUCUCUUGUCCUUCUUCUCUGAUAAGCAAUAGAAGGUCAAUUUUCAUCACAAUCUAAUGCUGGAAUAAGAAAAUCAAAACCUGAUUGAAAUCUUGAAGCUCUUUCCAGAUCCUUUAUUGAUUUUAGCGAGAGAAGAUGAAGAAGAAAGCGAUUCUAAUUCAAUUUUAAAAUUUUUCUCAAAUAAUAACUUUCAGCAUAAAAAUGAAGAAGGUCAUGUAGCAGUGCCUCCUUAAAUUAUGCAUAAAAAUGACUUAAUGGAGGAAUUUGAGUAAAUUUCAAUGAAUUAUGAAAAGACUGACAAGCAUCUUGUUUUUCAAAAGUUCCAGGGAGAGGAUAUUUUAGACUCAAGCAAUCCAGAUCUAGAAUAAGUCUCAUUUUCAAUAGCUAAUAAUGUUAAUCAAUCAUAGAUAUAACUAUCUUCCUAUUCUAAUCAACCAAUAAAUCAAGAGAACAACAACAAUGAGAACAGAAAUCAAAUCCAUCAUAAAGAGACACUAUGGGAUAUAAUUCAUACACUCUAAAACGAUGAAAAGAUCACCUUAGUUUCUAAAAGUAAAAGAAACAGGUAGGACGGCUCAUAAGAGGGAGAUAUGUUUCUAGAAAUUAAACUAAAAAAUGUAAUUUUCAAAUAGACCAAAGCUAGGCUCAUUGUACUUAGAGAUAACACAGACAUUAUCAGAAGCUAGUAUGACCGAUCAAUGGCUAAGCUUUCAGAAAUAAUGAUAGCAUCUACCUCUCAUGAUAUGAGAACACCAUUACUAUCAAUAAUAAUGAUGCAUGAGAUGAUUUAGAGUAAGUUAUAAAAGCUGCCUGCUAAUGAAGGAUGGCUAAUAAAAGACAAAGAUGCAGAUACCUGGCUUAGAGUCUCAAAAAACUCCUCUCAGCUACUUAGAUACUUAGUGAAUGAUACUCUAGAUUACUUUCAGAUAAAAUCGGGAAAAUUUACAUAGAAGCCUAUAAAGUUUAAGGCAAUUGAAAUAGUUGAAUUCAGUUUUGACUUAAUCAGCAUCUAGAUGAGUCGCAAGAAUUUGGAAAAGAUUGUUGAAAUAGACGACGAGAUAUAGAAUGAAGAAUUUACAUUUGACAAAGAAAGGAUAAGAAUUCAUGAAACCUAUUUGCAAAAGAAAUUCUCUGCUCACAGUUUAGCUAAUAAUAUGCAGGCCUCGGAAUAUGAGCGAUUUAUUAAUGUGAGAUUUUCUGUUAUAGACUCGGGAAUAGGCAUUAAGAACUCAGAUUAAAAGAAACUUUUUAAAUUCUUUGGAAAGUUGAAUUAAAAUGAUGAAAUUAAUCCCACAGGAAUCGGACUUGGCCUCACAAUAUGUGAUAACAUACUCAUGUAAAUGAAUAGCAAGCUUAAAGUUCAGAGUACUUAUGGCUAGGGCACUACAUUUUACUUUGAGUUAUUAAUGCCUGCUUAAGAUAUUUCUUUAGCUAUGAUGAUAAGGGCUAGACAAUAAACUGAGAUUUAAGUUUAACUUCAGUCUAAUUAUUCAUCCAUACAACGAGGAAUUCCAAGAAUACCAACACUUGAAACUAUGAGCAGAUUUAACAAAAUAAACCCUGCUGUAGAAUAUAGCUAAAGGUAAGCCCAAUAGACGAGUGAUGAAUUGCUGCCUAAUGAAGAUCAAGAGACUAACAGGGAUUUAAUAAAAAGGAUGAUUGUGAAUGAAAAUUCUUUUAAUACAGGCCAUUCAAAUGAUGAUCAAAAGUAAUAUUCUUCUUUGGUCUUCAAAGAUACUACAAAGAAAUCUAAAAAUCAUUCAAGGUAGCCAUCAGCUACAUUUUAAAAGAUUCAAUAGGAAAAUGUCAACUUAAUGCUGCCACUAACUAUCAGACACGAAACAUUAGAAGUAAUUUAGAAUUAAUAGAUGAUGGCAUCUCACAACUAGACUGAAGAAAUGAAGCUAUAAUAUACUGAUAGAUAAUAUAAUGAACUUGAUAACUUUAUAAGGAUUGAAAGCUUGAUGGGACAGAUAGAGCCAGCAUCUUAUGAAAAUUCUAAUAACAGAAACUGUGAUUGUAUUAGAAUACUCAUUGGAUACAAUGGAGUUGAAGCAGUUAAUAUAGUAACUACGAAGCUUUAGCAGAAAGCUUGCUCUGAUUGUUACCAAAAGAACUAUGAUCUCAUAUUUAUGGACAUUUCAAUGCCAAUUAUGGAUGGUUAUGAGGCAUCUGACAAGAUAAGAUAGCUUGAGAAAGAAAUUAAUAUUUCAACCAAGAGUAGAGCUUACAUUGUUGGUUUGACUGCACACUCAACAGAAACUUACCAAAAUUAAUGCUAUAAAUCUGGAAUGAGUCAAUUUAUGGUGAAGCCAGUAGAAAAUGAAUUGAUGGAUAAAUUAUUGCAAUAGCUUGGAUUAAAGUAAGAUUAUAUGCCUGACCUAAAUAUUUGA